AAUAAAAUACCUACAGACCUCUAUUGUCAAUAUUUAAUAUUUACACACUUACAUAUAUUUUAUAUACACCCACAGUAAAUAUUAUUUCUAUUAUUUCCUAUUUAUUUGACGUUCCAAGACCUAGAAUAACGGCAGGACCGUCAUAGCCGCUGGUUUGUUAGUGCCACUAUAUAUACCUUUUUCACAUUGGUCUGGACCGAUUUUUAUAUGCAUAUGCCCUGCGGCUUCCGUGUCAGCGGCUCCUUCCCCCAGACAUAACACCUUUCUUCCAUUCUAUAUUCCUAUCCAAGUACAACAUAUACUGUGCAAUCAUCGACUGAACGCACUUAUCUACUACCCUUUCAAAAUAUAUAUCUUCUAUAUACCUACCCUAUAUAUGGAUUUGUCACCGUUGCACCUUCUCUCGAUCCCGCCACCACACUCCUCCACCUCGCCCAUGCCCGCGAGGAAGGAGCACCCCAUAUACGCAUAUAACAAUCCCUAAUCGCCGCAGCAGCCCAUCCCAUCCACCUGCAUACACCUCUGCUACCUAGAAAUCUCUAAUCUCUAAUAUCACAUACCCCAGAAUGAUGGACUUCCCACCAGACACGAUCCUGGAGCUACCCAGCAACAUCUCGGCCACCUACCUGAGCGAGGGCGCUGCAAACGUGGUUUACUCUAUAAACGUCCCUCCGCAGAGUAACACGCCCCAACAUGGCGAUAUACAGGAGAAAGGAGAGGACACAGCAACUAAUCCCUGGCACGGCAAACUCCUCCGCUUCCGCAAAGACCUCCCCACCACCACGCCCACACUCGACGCCCACAUCGCCUUCCGCACCUCCAUCGCGCCGCUCUUCCCCGCUGAAGACCUAAUCGACAUCCGUCUCGUCUCCCUCGGUUCAUCGCACCUAAUCCAGACUCUCAACGCUGCUCUGCGAGCCGCCGAGGAGGCAUCCGCAGAUUCGCCGCGGCCGAGGCAGAGGCAUGGGGUUUAUUUGGCGGAUGAUCCGCAUGCGCUUCUUAUUACGGAUAUGUCGCCUCCAACAUCAUCAACCCUAAUCCAAUUCAAACCCAAAUGGCUCGCCCCCUCCCCCUCCGCCCCCCCCGGCUCAAAACGCUGCCGCACCUGCGCCCUCCACGCCAAGCGAGGCAUCUCAAAACCCUCUUUCUGUCCACUGGACCUGAUUUCCUCCUCUCCUGCUGAUGUGCGACGCGCUGCGGGGUUGUUGCUUGGGUUACCUGCUUCUGCUCCUACUGACAGCACCAGUCUCUCUAUUACCCAAAAUGGCAGUAGCGUUGUCGAGGACGGGAGUACUAAACCUGCUGCCCAAAACGUUGUACCCAAUGCCAACCACAACGACACACCGCCCACCGCCGCGACCUCGGAACAAUUACACACCCUCAGCCGCCUAACCUCCUGGGCCCUAACAUCCCCCCUCCUCCGCCACCUCCGCCACAUCCAAACAACCUGCGACCCAUACGGCGUCUCACACCUCCUCUCCUCCCCCUCCUCCCCCUCCUCAUCCACCUCUCUCAAAGGCCUACAAAUCGCCAUGACACUCCGCGACGUCACAGUCUUUCUUGUUGUACCUGAUGGGGAAGGGGUGCUGAGGGCCAGGUUGGGGGAUUUGGAUGUUAAGAGUCUUGGGAAGGUGGGGGAGUGGGGGAGGGUGGAGGGGGUGUUGGGGGGGGGUUGGUAUCAGGGGACGAAAGGAGCGGAGGGUGGUGGGCGGGAGGGGUGUUGGUUGGGUAGACAAGGGGGGGAGGAGGAGGGGGAGGGGGAGAAGGAGGGGAAUGGGGUGAGGGAGAAAGAGGGGAUGGGAUUGAAGGGGGGGAAGGAGGUGAAGGAGAGGAAGGAGAGGGGGGGGUGUAUUGGUCAAUGA